AUGGAGGAACUCAGUCAAGACUCGCAGAUAACACAACUAUCCGAAAGUCAGGAUCUUUUCCAAGACUAUGGUGCACAGAACGAUGAUUUAGGGAGAGGACAACAGAAUGACUUAAAAGAAAUAUUGAAGGAAUUAAAGUCUCUACGAUCUGGCCUGGAGGUUAUAAAAAAUUUUGAGCACAUACUCCGUGCUCAAACUCAUACUCCAUUCUCCGAUACCAUAAACAUACUCAAAAUUUAUAUACAACUUAGAGUGGAAGUUUGGAGCAUGAGUAUGGUUUUGGAGUACGGAGAGAAGCUGCAUCUAUUUCUGAGACAUUUGUUUACCAAAAACAUGUGGCUUGAUCUCCAGAAUGAAGAAUACCAGCCUGAAGUGAAGAAAUGCUUACAGAGGGAUGGCAGAUCCUCGGAUAUUGAUGCAUUGAAAAAAGUCAACUCGUUUUCUAUGCUGAAAUUCACAGAAUUCAGAAACCAAUUUAGAAGGAGUCUUGUACAGAAGAGAAAAGUGGACCUCAGAAGUUUGAAAUUGGCAGAGUUCUGUAGGGUAGUCUACAGUCCAUUCUGCAGAUCAGGAGAGGAUAAUUGCUCCACUGAGAGACGCCGAAAUGCCCUACUGUUUAGAACUUUCUUGUAUAGACAAAAAAUAUUUGUCUAUACAAACCAGAAUCAGACCCAGAACCAGACCCAGCAAGAAAGCCAUUUCUGGAAUGAUUUCAAAACAUACAUUCAAGAGCACCGCAGCCAAACUGAGGAUAAAUGGUUAAAGAUGGAGGAGCUUGAUGGCAGAAGACGAAACAAGUUCCUCAACAGUCAAGAUGCUGCCAACUCUACACUCAUUAGUUUAUGA